AUUGUCAUUGACGUCUUCAGGGGAAAAGUUUUAUCAAAGAUAGAGGAAGAGAUAUCCAGAGUGAUUGAACAAAUUUCCAAAGGAACACCACCUUCGUUGACAUACCCGAGCACUGUGUCCUGGGAUGAUCUCGAGUUUGACGUUGAUCAAGGUGUUCAGCUUAGAAGAAACCAAAGGUUCACGACGGUCCGUUUUGAAGCCAUACAGUCAGUGAAGAAAUUUGGACUGAUGUUGAAAGUUCUUGCUAUCAUUUACAGACUGGUCAAGACAGAUCACUACUGCACAAAGAGGGACAUGUAUUAUCAAGCGUCCGGUGACUUCGGAAAUCAACACACAUUAGACGGAUUGGUUGACAAUAUUUCCUGCAUGUUGGGCGUCCCGAGGUGGCAUCUCCAUGUGCUGGCGAGUUCUAAGGGCUGCAUGGCUGGAGACCUAAGGUUCCAGGACGUAGAUAAUAACUUUGUGGACUGCAGACAUACACAGAUGGGUAUAUUAGUGCCAAACCACGUAAAUGGUAUGCACAAUAUCCUUUACUACUCAGCUAGCCGCGCAAACUUCAUUUUGGUGGUCGAAAAAGAUGCGACUUUCCAAAAACUGCUUGAAACCAGAGUUUGUGAGAAACUCGACCCAUGUAUAGUUAUAACGGGCAAGGGGUUUCCUGACGUGAACACCCGGAUGCUGUUACGAAGACUGUGGGACCAGUUUGCAAUCCCCAUUCUAGCUCUUGUGGACGCUGACCCUCAUGGUAUGGAAAUUAUGACGGUGUACAAGUUUGGUUCGAGGGCCUUAGCAUUUGAGACCAGCAACCUGGCUGUCCCAUGCAUGAAAUGGUUGGGCCUCCUCCCAUCGGACAUAGAAAGGUUGGGGAUCCCUGCUACAGCGCUGUUGCCACUGACGAAGGCAGACAGAGAUAAGGGAAGGGACCUCCUCUCACGGCCCUAUAUGACCUGUCUGCCGCACUGGAGGGAACAGGUUGAGUGCAUGCUACAGCUAGAGCGAAAGGCUGAGCUACAGAGCCUGGACAGCAUCAGUCCCAGUUUCCUCACUGACGUCUACCUGCCCAGCAAGAUAAGAUGUGCUGGCUGGUUAUAAGGCUAAACAUUGCAGCAUUAUUACCAUAGCACUUUACCGUCUUUUAUUUGGUGGAGGACAGUGGAAGGCUGUGCUACA